CAAGAAUCCAGCGCAAAGAAACCAAGUGGUUUGUCCUAGCUCGUGCAAGAUAUACUGUACAUUGAUCAGCGGACGUUUUGAAUAUCCUCUUUACUAAAAGGCAUGGGGAAGAAAAUUAAAGCAGGGAAAGCAAGGAAGGACAAGUUCUAUUUCCUUGCCAAGGAGACUGGAUUCCGGUCUAGAGCAGCGUUCAAAUUGAUACAGUUAAAUCGUCGCUUCAAGUUUCUAAAUUCCUCCAAAGUUCUAAUAGACCUAUGUGCUGCUCCUGGAGGCUGGUUGCAAGUUGCGGCCAAGGAAAUGCCAAUGACUAGUCAUAUCAUAGGGGUGGACUUGGUGCCUAUUCACCCUAUUCCAAAAGUUAAAACAUUUAUUGCGGAUAUUACAACUGACAAAUGCAAGCAGAUUUUGCGAAGUGAGUUGAACGAGUUAAAGGCCGAUGUUGUUCUACACGAUGGUGCCCCUAAUGUUGGGACUGCUUGGUCAAUCGAUGAAUACGGCCAAGCUGUCCUAUCGCUUAAUUCAUUUGCUAUUGCGGCUGAAUUCUUGCGCAGAGGUGGUUGGUUUGUUACUAAGGUAUUCAGGAGUCGGGAUUAUGAGCCGCUGAAAUGGGUGUUGUCUCAGUUUUUUCGCACUGUACGUGCUAUCAAGCCUGAAGCCUCUCGACUCGAGUCUGCGGAAAUAUUUCUUGUUGGACAGUCUUACAUCGCUCCAGCACGCAUCGAUCCUAAGUUUUUCGAUGCACGGCAUGUGUUUGGAGAAGUUGAUGCCCCAAAAGAUCGUUCUGCGUUGGUUUCUUCGUUUUUAAAGGAAAGUCGUAAAAAGAAAGCUGAAGGUUAUGACGAAGGAGACACAUUGUACCAUGAACUUCCACUAUCAAAGUUUUUGGAAUCGAGUGAUCCUUUAGAAGCUCUUGCGAAGGCUAACAAGGUUAUUUUUGAUGUCCCGGAAAUUGAAUGCCAUCCGUUAACUACUGCUUUGGUUAUGGAGGACUUAAGUGACAUUCAGGUUCUUGGAAAAAAUGAUAUUAAAAAUCUUCUUAAAUGGAGGACGAAAAUUCUCAGCGUAUUUAAAGCUGAAUCAAAAGAAUCUAAAGACAGCAUCGAAGGGUCUGAUUUUCCUAAAGGAGGUGCAGGUGAAGAUGAUGAAGAUUUGGAAGUCGAAACAGAAGUUCAGAGGUUGUUGAACGAGGAAGAAAAACUGAAAAAAAAAAAAUUGAAAAAAGUCAGAAAGGAGAAACGAAAGCUUGCAGAACGCUACGUACUUAAAAUGUCACACGAAUCUGACUAUAUUGAACAAAAUGAUGACGAGUUAUUUUCCUUAGCUGCUGUAAGGGAUUUAGUCGGUUUAGAAGAGUCUAACAAAUUGUCGGGAGAUACUAGUAACACUGGUGUAGAUGAUUUAGCACGUGAACAAAUCGAUGCUGCUUUGAAAGCUAAACGUAAGCGUUUAGCCGAUGAAAGGCGUUCAGCAAUAGAAGGAAAAAAACGCGUUCAUUUCGAGAGGCGUAUCAACGAUCAGUCUGAUGGCCAUAUGUCUGACAGUGAACCUAUUGGUGAAAGUUAUGCGGAUAACCAACGUGAUGAUUUAUAUAUGAGUUCUGAAGAAAGCAGUGACAGUGAGUCAGGCGAAGAAAACGAUGCUGAUCAAAACUCUGUCUUAAGUUCAGAAGAUGGAUUCUCGGAAAUUGAUUAUGACAAUAAUAGUAUCGGUUCAUUAGACUCGGCUUCACCAAAAUCCCAUUUGAACGAUAGAAAAAUGAGAUCCAAACGACAGAUGGUUCUACCACCUGGACUGACUUUGUCUACUUCUGAGCAAGGUAAAAGAAAUCCUUUGCUCGUAGAUUUGGACGAUUCCGAAGAAUCUGUUAAGAAAAAACGUAAAAUCGAUUCAUGGUUUAGUUCGGAUGAAAUUCAAGAAAUACUUGCUCCAUUGCAAAAAGAAGAAGGCGAGAAUGUUUCUAUAGCCAGUCCAACUAAUAGACCUAAAGCUAACUAUUCAUCGGAUACUGAGGUAACGGGAAAGAAACGAAAAAACAAAACAAUUGUAAAUACUGAAGCUAUUAGUGUUCCAGAUGACUGUGUAUUACCAUCUUCAGAAACUCAGUUACCUAAAGUUUCAUCUGAAAAACUUGAGAAAUCAUUGCAUCGUAUACGACGCCUCAAUCGCCCAUUGACUGCAGAAGAGCGUGCCGUGGCCACUCGUCUUAUACAGUCCGCAAAAUCUAGACGUGAACUACUCGAAUCAGGAUAUAAUCGUUAUCAGUUCUUUGAGAAGUCUUCUGAUUUGCCUGAUUGGUUUGUUGAAGAUGAAAAGAAACAUAUGCGGAAACCGAUAGUGGUUAAAAAGGAAGAAAUCCCAGUCGAUUUGCCUACUAUGGGACGUUCUCUCUCAAAGGCGGAACAAGCCAAAGCACGUAAAAAAGCUCGUUUAGCGAAACGUUUAAAACGAAUUCGUCAGAAAGCAGAAGGUAUAUCGGAUGAAAUACCAGAAACUGAAAAGUGGCAACAAAUAAAACAACUGUAUAAGAAAGCUGGCCUGUUAAAGAAGAAACGUCGUCCUCUUCAUGUAAUUGUGAAUACAAAAGCUGGUUCGCGUAGCGGAGGCACUAAACCUCAAAAAGGCGCUAAAGUCAAAAUUGUAGAUAAACGAAUGAAAGCAGAUUUACGUGGACAGCAAAAAGCUAAAGAUGGAAAAAAGCAUGGAAAGCGUAAGAGUAAAGUUAGGCGUCCUGGAAGACCGAAAAGUCGAGCGAUCGGAAAGAGACAUUAACUAUUUUGUUUCUUUAAUUACAAUCUGUAUAUAUAAAACAUUAUUUGGCCAUAUUGAUUUUUGUAAAAUGUGCUUAUUCUUCUUUCUUAUCUUCUUGCUGAGUGCGAUGUGCAAUCGUUUAGUAUGCGGAUAACUUUUUUAAUUAUACGAUGUUUCCAUGCAGGCAACAGCAGUACGAUUGAGAGUUGUUAGCGUAAAAUAAACGUGA